AUGGAAGGAUCUUCGCAGCAUCCACACCAACGGCAUAUCAUUCACAGCCAUGCUCAUGAGGAGGAUCUGCCAGGGACUGUGAACCUCCAAGCUCUCGAGGGCGACGACACGGCAUACGGACAGGCUCUUUACCCUGUACCUAGCGAGGAUCCGAAUGACCCGCUGCAAUGGUCAAAAUCGAAGAAGACCAUGAUUUUGAUCAUCGUCUCACUAUACUCAUUCCUCGGCAACAGCGCUCUGGUGGGACCUUCAGUCUACCUUGAGAUUUACAGCAAGGAGUUUGGCAUCUCUGUCACUGAGGCUUCAGGCCUGGUGUCUUAUCCUAAUCUGGUCUUUGGAUUUGGUUCUCUGCUGCUUGUUCCUGCCUAUCUCAAAUUUGGCCGCAGACCUGUCAUGUUGUUCUCUCUACUUCUGUUCGUCUUUGGUCUCCUCGGUGCAUCACAAGCUACAUCAUACGGUGGUCUCAUGGCUGCUCGUAUUAUUCACGCCUUUGGCUCUGGUGUUUGCGAAGCUCUGCCUGUUCAACUUGUGAACGACAUCUUCUUCCUACACGAGCGAGGCAAGAGAUUAGGAUACUAUACCGUAUGUUUAUGUUGGGGCUCAACAGGACCACUCUAUGCCGGCUACAUGCUCGCAGCAGGAUACUCGUGGAGACUCUACUUUUACGUUGAAUUCGCUUUCGCAUGCGCCUUGCUCAUCAUGGCUUUCAUCUUCGUUGAAGAAUCUGCCUACAAACGUAUCGUUGUCUCAACAUCAUCUGCCGACUCCGAAGAUAAUGAAAAAGGUCACACCGAGCAUGUCGAAGUCAUCACCCUGGCACCAGCGAGAAGAUCGUUCAUCCAAACAUUGAAGCCAUGGAGUGGCAUUGACCACGAAGCUGAAUUCUUCAUGACGAUGCUUCGCUCUUUCUCCUAUUUCUUGGUGCCUAGUGUCAUGUGGGUUGUGACCAGCUUCGGCAUCUACAUCGGUCUCGGCGCCCUGACCUUCAACUACACUUUCCCCAUCAAGAUUGUUGCGCCCCCGUACUCCUGGAACCCGAACAACAGCGGCCUGAUCGCUCUGGCCAACAUAAUCGGCUACGCCCUUGCUGUCCCCUUCGCUUCCUCCUCCGACCGUAUUGCAGCCUACCUCACAAAACGCAACAACAAUAUCCGAGAAGCGGAGAUGAGACUGUGGGUCUUGCUUCCGGUUUGCCUUAUCGCUCCUGCUGGCUUGAUCCUUUAUGGGUUCACGGCAGAAAGAAAUUUACAUUGGAUAGGAUACUUUGCCGGCGUGGCGAUGACUGAUUUCGUUAGUUAUUUCUACUUUUCUUUCGUUCUUGCCUAUGCUGUGGACUCUAUGACUGCAAACACGGCGGAAAUGCUUAUUGCCAUGAAUCUGGGCAAACAAGCUAUCUCCUUUGGUAUGGGCAUCUACCUGCUAGACUGGAUCUUGGAACAUGGGUACGCGAAGAUUAUCGGAGGCGCGUUUUGUGCUGUCUUGGCGGUGAACAAUCUCGCCGUCCUGAUCUUCUUGCCUUUUGGAAAGAAGACUAGAAGUGGUUUGUACAACAGUUGGUUGGGAGCUUUGCAUAAGAAGACUAGCAAGGGUGUGGAAGUCGCAUAG